ACGCAUUUGAAGGGUCCCCACACUGAAAGCAGGAAAGAAAAGAGUGAUCAAAAUUGACGCUCAUCAUGAAUUAGCCGUUGUGGAGACUUUGUCAUCAUUUUUCUUCUCUCUCUCUCUUUUUAUUGCUCAAACGGAAGUGAAACCCUAAGAAGUUUUCAUUUUGCAUAGUUGAUGGCGGAUUUUGGGUAUCUAUCGGAUACGGACGAUUCAGCAGUGGAAGAGCUGAUAUCGCAAGCGAAGGAGCUUUCAGCUUUGGAGCAAAUAGCAGCCAUCAAUUGUUCUAGCUUCACCGACUCUUCUACUCUUCCCGAUGAUCUCGAAUCUCGUUUCCGUCGCCUCAAGUCUCUUCCUCCCGCUCGACCCGACCCGGUUUCGUCUAAGAUUAGUAAGAAGAAGGAUCUCACGCACUCCAAGAGCGUGGUGGGUUACCCAAAGGAUGCAGAUUUCUCUGGAAACCCAGUUAAAAAAUGUGGUUUUGAUGAGGAUUCGAGUAUUUUCAAGCGAGAUCUGGGAGUGAAUUCGGGUUUUGAGAGAAGCUCGCGAGCUGGGCUUGACUCUGAUGGAAGUGGAGAUUUCUCUGAUUCUGGAAACAUCGGUUCGAGUAAGAUCUUCUCGCCAGCUAAACAAACCCAGAAGCUUCCUAAAGAGAAACGCAGAGUCGCAUCCUCUUCUGUUGAUUUAGCGACCCCACCGUCAUCGGAUUCAGAACCGGAAAUGAGAUCCAAGUCGAAAUCAAGCUCAUGGGUUAAGAAGUUGUCUCCAUCAAAGAUCAUUCGUUACAUUUGGUCUUCUCCCAACAAAUCAUCAUCCGCCAAGAAGAAGAACAUCAAAAGCAUCAAAUCAUUUACUGCAUCUGGUCGCGCAUCUUCUGAUGUUGAUUUCGACGACUUUCUGUCCGAUUUAAAUGCAUAUUCAGUCGAGGACCAAAGGAAGAUGCUGAAGAAAGCACUCAAAGAACAGCAGAAGAUGCGCAAAGAAGCUGCUCAAAUCAUCAAAAUGACCAGAAAGGCUUCUGCUAGAUUUGAUUUUGAUGAUUAAUAUUCUUCGCCUUGUUGUUUUUGAGUUUUGAGAAAAGCUAGCAGACGCACAUUACCAAAAAUAAUUUAAAUUUACCAAAUAUAAAUAAGUUCUCCUUUAAUUAAUAGUACUAUAAUCUAUUAAAUUUUCCUUUUCC